AGAAGAAAAGGUGGGAACCUGAGAGGUGCUGUAUACGAUAAUCGAAGUUUUUCCCCACAUAGCAGUUUAUUAUGCCAUUAAGUUUGUUUACCUCAUAUUCCUGAUUCUGACAGCGGUUAUUUACUUGAUUUAAUUGCCGGUUUUGAAGCUUCGUUAUUUAUAUUAGCUGUUUUGCCAGAUAAUCUGAAGAAGGGAGUUCUCACACUUUUUAGCAAUGUGCUGGAAACGCGGGGCUAUUUGUUUAGUGGCUAAACGUAACGUUCGCUGGAUCCAUUUUUUUUUGGGGUGGUGGGGGGUGUUUUCAUGUUGUCAUGGGCUGGCUGUAGCGACUGAAUCAGUUCAGAGGAAGGUCGUUAAAAUAUAUCCACGUUUUUCCUGCACGUAUCCAAAGUUCAUGGGAUGUGUUCACAUUUUUCUAAUCACGUUUUAAAACUAGGUGUUUUCCUGUGAUACGGCGAAGAAGUGCAAUACUUGGAAGUGCAUGAAACACUCAGCGACCUGUGGAUUACAGCAAGGUAGCCAACGUUAGCUAGCUUCUUGGGUCUAUAGAAGUUCGGCUACAUAACUGGAUUUUUGGAAAGAAGAGGACACCCAGAUUUCUAAAUUAUCAAACAUUCAUCUUAAAGAAUUUCUUUAUAAUACGAAAAUACUGUCUCUGGGUGCCUUUCAACAGUGGAACCUCGUUUAUCGUGGAAUGAGGCCGUGGCUAGUUACUUACUAGUUUAGCUAACGUUAGCGGUGUGGGAUUUAUUUUCUCGAAUCGGAAUACUUAAAAAAAAAUAUCUAACAUAAUAAAGUGAACUAUCCCAUACAAUUGUGGGAAAUGACUCUUUUUAUUCGCAAAUGUGUCGCCAGAACACACGAUCACGCUAUUUAGUGGUACUUUUUUUCAGGGAGAACCGAAAUGACAAAGUUAGCUGAAGAUAUUUCUGUUAAUUAAGAUACAACCACGUUGGACCCCUGGCCCCUUUUUAGGGGGGCUAACUGGACUAGCUAGUUUGAUUUAUCUUCACCUUUUUGAAAACUUUUUUUUGUUAUUGGAUUUCCUAAACGAACUUUGGAUAUCUUCAAAACACACAGAGAACACAAUCGAAGUCACAAUGCGGCUUGGGACCUCAGCGGUUGUUUUGGUUACUUUUAUCUACAUUGGAUGCCAGUGUGUCCUAACAAAUGGAGAAAUCUGUCAGAGUAAGGAUAUCCGUAACAACGUGACCAACCUGCAGUUAUUAGAGAACUGCACAGUAAUUGAGGGCCACUUGAAGAUCCUCCUCAUGUUCAAGGCCAAGCCUGAGGACUUCAGGGGCCUCAGCUACCCCAAGCUGACCGUUGUCACCGACUUCCUCCUCCUGUUUAGGGUCUACGGUCUAGAGUCCCUCAGCGAUCUGUUCCCCAACCUGACGGUGAUCCGAGGCAACAACCUGUUUUUCAACUACGCCCUGGUUCUGUUUGAGAUGGUGGACCUUAAGGAGCUGGGGCUCCAGAGCCUCAUGAACAUCACCCGGGGAGCCGUGAGGGUGGAGAAGAACCCGGACCUCUGCUACCUCUCUACCCUAGACUGGUCCAAGAUCCUGGACACAGUGGAGGACAAUUACAUCGUGGCCAAUAAGAAUGACCGGGAGUGUGGGGAUGUGUGUCCAGGCACGGCCUAUGGGAAGACCACCUGUCCUCAGACUACCAUCAAUGGACACUUUGGAGAGCGCUGCUGGACUCAGAACCACUGCCAGAGAAUGUGUCCCUCCACCUGUAAGCAUCGGGCGUGUACCCAGCAUGGCCACUGCUGCCACGACCAGUGCCUGGGAGGCUGCUUGGAGGCAGGCAACGCCAGCAGCUGUGUGGCCUGCCAGAACCUCCAGCACCAGGACACCUGUGUGGACCGCUGUCCCCAGGGAUACUACAUCUUCAAGGGCUGGCGCUGCGUUUCUCUCUCCUUCUGCCAGGACCUCCACAACCAGUGCAAGAAUGGAAAGAGCAGCGACUGCCAUGAGUACGUCAUCCACAACAAAGCCUGCAUCCCAGAGUGCCCCUCGGGGUACACCACCAUCAACUCUACCACGUUGAACUGUACCCCGUGUGCGGGGCUGUGUCCUAAGAUGUGUACAGGGCUGAAGACAGUGGACUCUGUGACAGCAGCCCAGGCUCUGAGAGGAUGCACCGUGCUCAACGGCAGCCUAAUCAUCAAGAUCCGUGGAGGGAACAACAUAGCAGCAGAGCUGGAGGCGAACCUGGGUCAGCUGGAGGAGAUAACAGGCUACCUGACCAUCAAGAGAGCCUAUGCCCUUGUCUCUCUCUCCUUCCUCCGCAAGCUACACAUCAUCCGAGGAGAGACCCUGACCCAAGAUGGGAACUACUCGUUCUACGCGCUUGACAACCAGAACCUGCGUCAGCUGUGGGACUGGAACAAACACAACCUGACCAUCCUUCAGGGGCGCAUGUUUUUCCUUCACAACUCCAAGCUGUGCAUGUCUGAGAUCCGCAAGAUGGAGGUGGUGACGGGCACCAAGGGGAGAGACAUCAAGAAUGAAAUCAUCGGCAGGACCAAUGGAGACCAGGCCUCCUGUGAGAACCAGGUCCUGAAGUUCACCACGGUGCGCACUCAGUCAGACAAGAUCCUCAUCAAGUGGGAACCCUUCUGGCCGCCUGACUUCAGAGACCUACUAGGCUUCAUGGUCCUCUACAAAGAGGCACCCUAUAAGAAUGUGACAGAGUUUGAUGGCCAGGAUGCGUGCGGCUCUAACAGCUGGGUGAUAGCUGACGUAGACCCUCCACCCCGGGCCUCGGAGGGGAAGGAGCAGGGAGAGCCUGGCUACCUCAUCCAUACUAUGAAACCCUAUACCCAGUACGCCAUCAUGGUCAAGACCCAGCUCUCCGCCUCAGAUGAACACCAGGUCCUCGGGGCCAAGAGUGAGAUCAUCUACGUCCGCACCAAUGCCACCAAGCCGUCGGUGCCGCUGGACCCCAUCUCAUCAUCCAACUCGUCCUCUCAGAUCAUCCUGAAGUGGAAGCCCCCCACGGACGCCAAUGGCAACAUCACUCACUACCUGGUGUUCUGUCAGCAGCAGCCCGAGGACAGCGACCUCUACAAGUUUGACUACUGUCAAAAAGGAAUGAAGCUGCCGUCGCGGGCGCCUACCCAUCUGGACACUGACGAGGAGCAAAAGUGGAACCAGACAGACGAGUCUGGGCCAGGGAACCGCUGCUGUGCCUGCCCCAAAACAGACACCCAGCUCAAGAAGGAGGCUGAGGAGUCUGAGUACCGCAAGACCUUCGAAAACUACAUCCACAACGAAGUGUUUGAAGUCAGACCGUCUCGUCGGCGCCGCUCAGUGGGCGUGGCCAACGCCACCCUUCCGCAUUUCCUGACCACUACCCCCACCCUGCCCAACGCGUCCACCACGCCCAGCCCAGAUGGCGAGGGGGUAGAGGGCUCUAAGGUGACGUUAGUGGUGUAUGCCAAGGAGUCGACGGUCAUCUCCAACCUGCGUCACUUUACCAGCUACCAGAUAGAGAUCCAUGCCUGCAACCACCCCACAGACCCCCAACGCUGCAGCAUGGCUACCUACGUCAGCGCCCGCACCAUGCCCGAAAAGAAAGCUGAUGACAUUGUGGGCCAGGUGACCCAUGAGAUGGUGUCGGAGCACCCAGAGUCUGUCCACAUCAAGUGGCUGGACCCCAGAGCCCCCAAUGGCAUGAUCAUCCUGUACGAAGUCAACUACAAGAGGUUGGGAGACCUUGAGGAGCAGCAUCACUGCGUGUCCAGGAAGGCCUACACCCAGAUUGGAGGCUGCAGGCUGAGAGUGGUGCAUCCUGGGAACUACACCGUGAGGAUACGUGCCACGUCGCUGGCAGGAAACGGCUCCUGGACCGAACCCACCUUCUUCUUCAUGCCCGACAAGGACACCACUUCACUGAAGAUUAUCAUUGGCUCAGUCAUCUGCUUCAUUCUGCUGCUAUUCGUAGGAGGUGGAGUCUUCAUGAUCUUCAAGAAGAAACAAACUGAGGGACCCACUGGACCUCUGAUCGCCUCGUCCAACCCAGAGUACCUGAGCGCCAAUGACGUGUACGUGCCUGAUGACUGGGAGGUGGCGAGGGAGAAGAUCAACAUCUUGAAGGAGCUGGGUCAGGGCUCAUUUGGCAUGGUCUACGAGGGCAUCGCCAAGGACAUUGUGAAGGGCGAGCCGGACACGCGUGUGGCGGUGAAGACGGUCAACGAGUCGGCCAGUCUGAGAGAGAGGAUAGAGUUCCUCAACGAAGCGUCUGUCAUGAAGGCCUUUAGCUGCCACCACGUGGUGCGUCUGCUGGGGGUGGUGUCUAAAGGCCAGCCCACUCUGGUGGUGAUGGAGCUGAUGACCCACGGGGAUCUGAAGAGCUUCCUGCGCUGCCUCCGACCAGACUCUGAGAAUAACCCCACAGGGAAGCCCCCUCCCACACUGAAGGAGAUGAUUCAGAUGGCGGGGGAGAUAGCAGACGGCAUGGCCUACCUCAACGCCAAAAAGUUUGUCCACAGAGAUCUGGCCGCCAGGAACUGCAUGGUGGCUGAGGACAACACCGUCAAGAUCGGAGACUUUGGCAUGACCAGAGAUAUAUAUGAGACGGAUUACUACCGUAAGGGAGGGAAGGGUCUGCUUCCUGUCCGGUGGAUGGCUCCUGAAUCUCUGAAGGACGGAGUGUUCACCGCACAUUCAGACUGCUGGUCAUUUGGUGUGGUAUUGUGGGAGGUCAGCACCCUAGCAGAGCAGCCUUACCAGGGCCUGUCCAACGAACAGGUCCUCAAGUUUGUCAUGGACGGAGGAUACCUAGACAGACCAGAGAACUGCGUGGAGAGGAUCCACAACCUGAUGACGAUGUGCUGGCAGUACAACCCCAAGCUGCGUCCCACCUUCCAGGAGAUCAUUGAGAUGUUGAAGGAGGAUGUUCACCCCAGCUUCCAGGAGGUCUCCUUCUUCUACAGCGAGGAGAACAAGCUCCCCGAGACAGAGGAGUUUGACUUGGACCUGGAGAACAUGGAGAGCAUCCCACUGGACCCAUCGUCCUACUCCCAGAGAGAGGACAGCGACAGUCUAUCCAGAGACAAUGGAUCCAGCCAGAACCUAAGGGGCAACUAUGAGGAACACGUGCCCUACACACACAUGAACGGUGGCAAGAAAAACGGACGAAUCCUAUCAUUGCCCAGAUCCAGCCCUUCCUAACAUUUCUUAAGGUUUUCUUCCUCCUUUCAAACUAUUUAAAUUGUAUAACUCUUGCAGAAGCCCUUAAAAACACUGAUCUCAGGACAUGUAUUUUCUUCCUCACAGCUGCCAAGCAUGGUGGGACACAGGAUGCAAACAUUUUGGUAUAUGUUGAAAGACAUUUUUGCAUUUAUCCAGAAUCAUCUACUACAACUUUCUACUAUCUUUAUUUUUUUUCACUAUUGCCAUGUUUCCAGGACUGGUUGAUGGAAAAAGAAAAAAAACUGAGCACUUAUCUCUCUCUUUCUCGCUCUCUCCAGGCUGCCCCAUCUCUCUUCCAUUCUCUUGAAUAUCUUUUCAGAUAGUGGCCUUUUUAUUUGUGGCCUGUAAACAAAGAGAAGUGUCUAUCAAUACUUGUAUUAAUUUCCUCUGAACAAUGUCUAGACAGGUUUGAACCAUGGGAUGGCAUAAACUCUCUAGAACAAAUGUCCAUUCGUAGAGAAACUUUUUAUUUAAAAAAAAAUUGUGCAGAAUUCCAAACUUUACGGAGAUUAUUUUGGUGUUUGGUGAAUAGUUCUAAUUUAUUAGCAUUUUUUGUCUCACUUUUUCAGUUUUAUUCCUGUGUCCUCACAUUAUGGCUGAAGGAUAUUUAAACAGUUAAAAGUUGGGCAAAAUAGUUCCUCAGACUGACCAAUAGCUGCUGCUUUCAUAUAUUUUUGUGGAUUUAGAAUAUAUAAUAUAUAUGGAAUAUUUGGUAUUUAUAUCAAUAUUUUAUAUAGAAUAUAUACAAUAUAGAUGUUUUUGUACAUAGUUCAUAUUUGUAAUGUUUUCAUCUGAGGCUUUGUUUUUUUUUGUCUGUCUUUUUUUCUUUCUCUAACCCCAGAUAUCGCACUAAUCAGAGCCAGUGCUCUGUUGUCUUAGACCUCCACACGUGGUUUUACUUCUCUUUCAAACCCUCAGGAGAACCCUGUUCUCCUCAGCAACAAAGGGCAGCCCACUAUUUUAGGAAAAUCAUGGCAUCUUUCAAAUGUUGUUCUUCCUGUCAGUGGAAGAGUUUGGGUGGCCACUAUGCUAAAAUGACAAGAACCAAAAACUGUUAUGGGAAUGAAUGGUGCUGAUGGAGCCAUGGUGUAGAUGUCCAUGUUGUUAUCUACAAUUGUGUUCAAAUGUGUCUAUCUUUGGUUGAUCAUUAGCUAUCUGUUUGAUUGAUUGAUGUUAUCGGUGGGGCUAGAGAUGUGAUGUCUGCUUGCUUGGACAGACAGUUUGUCUUGGCCUGAUUUGUACUUGGCUUGUGCUGUCUUGGCUUGUGCUGUUGGUAGUGGUGUUUUAUAGGGUUAUAGUUGGGUCAUAGGAGACCCAUCUAGCUAUCUAUCUCCUCCACUGGAGUCAGAAGCCCAUAUAGGUGGAUGUAUUGCAGGACCACAUACCAUCAGGGCUUUGAGAGAGAAAUAAUGCAGUGCUUUAUAUGAGUGGCGAGCAUCAGCUCUACUCCAUCAUAACCCCCAUGUCCUCAUACAACUGGGUUUGUUUUGACCCUACGCCCCCUCCCCACAUAACGAUAGCCCAUUGGCUGUAUGUUCGCUGACACAGGAAGGAGGUCAGAAUCAGGCUGCUGGUGGAAUUUUCCAUGUUACUGUGGUUGAAUGCUUUUGAUUUGAACAUUUUGGAAAGUUCCUAUUGCAUGGAGUCCACAGCGGGCAGCAGCGAAGGAGAGGGAGGGAGCAGUUAGUUGAAGGUGUGUGUGUGUGUCGGUGUGUACUAACGGAGGGAGGUGGUGUACAGGUGGUGGUAUGGUAUGAGUCAGGACACGCUGUAGCUGUACAACAAGUGCUGCUUUACCCCCAGGGCUGGGCUAACAUUCUACUAUUGGCAGUGGAGACCGUUUUCGGACUUGCUGUGUGCCCGUUAUUCACAAACCCUUCUCCCUUCCACCCUAAAGAAAAAGAUAUUGAACUUAUCCCCCCCCGCCUUUGAUUUGGGUGUCUUUCAAACCCACACCCUCCCAUUUGGAUUGUGGUGUACCCCUCCCCACAAUUUGGAUUGUAACCCAUCACUCCAAUAUCUAAAGAUGGGUCAUGAAAGUGUAAACCUCUGUCCAUUUACAUUCAUAUUAUUAAGUUCCAUACAGACAUUUAAACAUUCCUGUCAGCUUCUUCCCAGCACAAGACAAAGCCCUUUUUUUUUUUAAAGUACACACACGCGCUUAUUCUAUGUGGCACAAAUCACAAAUUGGUGUUAAAAGAUUGAUUGAAAAGUGUCUACAUGGCAUUCCCAUUGAGAAGCACAAAUAGCCCAAUCAUUAGUAGUUCACACACACGUCUCUAUUUGUCCCAUUAUCCCUCCCUCUAGCCAAAGGCAGUGAUACUCAUUGUCUAUUGUCAGAAGCAUUGAUAAGGGACAGAAAAGCACAGACAGGAGCUAAGGGUAAGUCAAUCUGACCUGCGUCCACUCAGCAGUUUGAGCCUGUGUGGCUGUUUAGAGCUUUCAGUGUUAUUAACCCUAGCCCUUAGAGUAAUGGGCCUGAUGUUAUUACCCCUAACCUGCCCAUUAAUCUUCACCCAGUUAUCACUGUUUACCCCUCUGUCUCUGUAUGUCUGUCUGUAUCGGAGAUGGUGGAACCGCAUCAGCCUCCACCCAGUGCCUUCUCAACCAACCACAGACCAGAGAGAUGGAUGUACAUUGUACAGGCUGGUUACUGUUUGUUUGUUGGCACAUACUCAUGCUAAUGCGUGUAGCUACAUUGUGUGUGUGUGUGUGUGUGUGUGUGUGUGUGUGUGUGUGUGUGUGUGUGUGUGUGUGUGUGUGUGUGUGUGUGUGUGUGUGUGUGUGUGUGUGUGUGUGUGUGUGUGUGGUGUGUGUAUUUAUACAUGUUAGACAGUGGGAGAGAAAUUUGACUCGGAGAUGGGAGCUAAAUCCAUACCUUAAAUCAAAUCUCAAGUAGUACUUAGAGAUGAGGUAUUUAGAGAUGUUGGAAAAAGAUAUGAGUUGCUAAAUAGAUAUAAUUUAUCUGUUUCUAUGGGGAACAUCAGCUUGUGAGAGGUAUGUGGCUAGUUUUUGGUCAGUUGUUGUAAGGGUUGAAUGGCAAGUCCAUUUAGUGCUAUAGUGUUCAAAGUUUAAGCAAUGUUAAACCACCUUUCUGGUUCUCGCUGAUUCUUGAGAAUUUGAUCUACUCCACUUACUCGAAUGCCCCCCAAAAUGUAAUUUUUUCCCCCCUCAAUCAGUUACACUCUCAUUUCUUUAUACUUUGUAAAUACUAAAGAAUAUAGUGUCUGGUAAAAAAAAAGAGCGAAAGUGGGAAACCUCCCUUACAACUGUGCAUACAGUACAUGCCCAUAACCAGAGAUAAAUGGUGGAUAUCUAUCUCUUCAUAUGAA